GCGCCGCGGCCGCCCUGACAGGAGGGAGGCAGCGGCCGGGCUGGUCCCUCCGCUCCGGGCCGAGGAGGCGUCGCCGGCUCGGCUCGGCUCUCCGUGACUCACCCCGGCCAUGGCCGGCUGCGCGCCGCGGGGGCCCCCGCUCCGCCGCCGCUGAGGAGCCGCCGCCGCCAUGAAGAAGGGCCGCUCCCGGGGGGACAAAGCGGGGCCCCCGCCGCCGCCGCCCCCCAGGAGGGAGCCCGGCCGGGCGGCCGCCGCCGAGAGGAGAGCUGCCCCCGCGGGGGGCGGCAGGAGGGAGCCGCAGGGCGCCGGGGCCCCGGGCGCCGACUGCAGGGAGGAGAAGGAUGUGGUAACAGAAUCCACUCCAUUACGGUGCAGAAAGCUCAGUAACCCGGACAUCUUUUCAUCCACUGGGAAAACUAAACUCCAUCGUCAGCUAAGUCAAGAUGACUGCAAACUGCGUCGGGGUAGCCUGGCCAGCUCUCUGUCAGGAAAGCAACUGCUUCCCUUAUCCAGCAGUGUGCACAGUGGAGUGGGACAAUCAACAUGGCAGCCAGCUGGAGAAACCUCAAACCUGGUCCGUAUGAGAAACCAGUCUCUAGGACAGUCUGCUCCUUCUCUUACUGCUGGCUUGAAGGAACUCAGUCUCCCUAGAAGAGGAAGCUUUUGUCGGACGAGCAACAGGAAGAGCCUGAUUGUAACAUCCAGCACAUCUCCAACACUCCCACGACCGCACUCCCCGCUCCAUGGACAUACAGGCAGCAGUCCUUUGGACAGUCCCAGGAAUUUCUCUCCCAACGCACCUGCUCAUUUUUCCUUUGUUCCUGCCCGUAGCCAUGGACACAGAGCAGACAGAACGGAUGGGCGCCGCUGGUCCCUGGCCUCUCUUCCUUCAUCUGGAUAUGGAACAAACACUCCCAGUUCAACAGUUUCAUCAUCAUGCUCAUCCCAGGAGAAGCUGCACCAGCUGCCCUUUCAGCCAACGGCAGAUGAACUUCAUUUCCUGACAAAGCAUUUCAGCACUGAGAGCAUCACUGACGAGGAAGGACGUCAUUCUCCAGCCAUGCGGCCACGAUCUCGCAGUCUCAGUCCUGGUCGUUCCCCGAUUUCCUUUGACAGCGAAAUAGUAAUGAUGAAUCAUGUGUACAAAGAAAGGUUUCCGAAGGCCACAGCACAGAUGGAGGAACGGCUGGCUGAGUUUAUUGCUUCUAAUGCUCCAGAGAACGUGCUGCAAUUAGCAGAUGGGGUCCUAAGCUUCAUUUAUCAUCAGGUUAUUGAGCUGUCCAGAGACUGCCUGGAUAAAUCACGUGAAGGACUUAUUACUUCCCGGUACUUUUAUGAGCUGCAGGAAAACUUAGAGAAACUCCUACAGGAUGCCCACGAGCGAUCAGAGAGCUCAGAGGUGGCUUUUGUUACCCAGCUUGUGAAAAAGCUGAUGAUCAUCAUUGCACGACCGGCUCGACUGCUUGAGUGCCUGGAGUUUGAUCCCGAAGAGUUCUACCAUCUGUUAGAAGCUGCCGAAGGUCAUGCCAAGGAAGGGCAAGGAAUUAAAUGCGACAUUCCUCGUUACAUUAUCAGCCAGCUGGGCCUUACCCGGGAUCCCCUGGAGGAAAUGGCCCAGCUGAAUAGCUAUGACAGUCCAGACACUCCAGAAACAGAUGAUUCAGUUGAGAGUCGCGGGGCCCCUGCGCAGUCAAAGAAAGCUCCCUCUGAAGAGGACUUUGAAAACAUUAAGCUAAUCAGCAACGGGGCUUAUGGGGCUGUGUAUUUGGUGCGGCACAAGACUACUCGCCAGCGCUUUGCCAUGAAGAAGAUCAACAAACAGAACCUAAUUUUGAGAAACCAGAUCCAGCAGGCCUUCGUGGAGAGAGACAUCCUGACCUUUGCUGAGAACCCCUUUGUAGUCAGUAUGUUCUGCUCCUUCGAGACCAAACGCCACCUCUGCAUGGUUAUGGAGUAUGUGGAAGGAGGAGAUUGUGCCACACUCCUAAAGAAUAUUGGAGCCCUACCAGUUGAUAUGGCCAGGAUGUAUUUUGCAGAGACAGUGCUGGCACUGGAGUACCUACACAAUUAUGGCAUUGUCCACCGUGACCUAAAACCUGACAAUCUUCUGAUAACAUCCAUGGGUCACAUUAAACUAACAGAUUUUGGACUCUCUAAAAUUGGGCUGAUGAGUCUCACAACUAAUCUGUAUGAGGGACACAUUGAGAAAGAUGCAAGAGAGUUCCUGGAUAAGCAGGUAUGUGGGACGCCAGAAUACAUUGCCCCGGAAGUAAUCUUGCGACAGGGCUAUGGAAAGCCUGUGGAUUGGUGGGCCAUGGGAGUUAUCCUGUAUGAGUUUUUAGUUGGCUCUGUCCCUUUCUUUGGUGACACACCAGAAGAACUGUUUGGACAAGUGAUCAGUGAUGAAAUUGCCUGGCCAGAAGGGGAUGAAGCAUUACCACCAGAUGCACAGGACCUCACAUCUAAACUUCUCUGUCAAAACCCUCUGGAAAGACUGGGAACAGGUAGUGCCUUUGAGGUGAAACAGCACCGGUUCUUUAAAGAUCUGGACUGGAAUGGAUUACUUCGACAGAAAGCAGAAUUUAUUCCACAGCUGGAAUCAGAGGAUGACACUAGCUACUUUGACACUCGUUCUGAACGGUACCAGCACCUAGAUUCAGAAGAAGAUGAAGACACAAAUGAUGAUGAUCAUGUAGAAAUUAGGCAGUUCUCAUCUUGCUCACCACGGUUCAGUAAGGUGUACAGCAGUAUGGAACGUCUUUCCAUCCAUGAAGAGAGGAAAACACCACCAACUAAGCGCAGUCUCAGUGAGGAAAAAGAUGAUCGGCUAGACAGCCUCGGUGGUCUGAAAAGUCGGGACCGCAGCUGGGUGAUUGGCUCUCCUGAAAUACUGCGUAAGCGCUUGUCCGUGUCUGAAUCCUCACACACCGAGAGCGACUCCAGUCCGCCUCUUACUGUUCGGCGGCGUUGUUCGGGGCUUCUCGACAUGCCCCGCUUCGCCAUCUCAGCUGAGGAAGAAGGACUUGCCCCCAAAAAGCAACAGUCAGAUGGAACGUUACUAUCUACAGUACAGUCACGUGAGGGGCUCCCCCUGCCAAUUCCAGAACAACCUGUGGAGCGAGAGCUGCACUUACAUGAGGACACUGGGCCAACAACACCCGCUUCAACCAUCAGCAACAUCAGCAGCUCAGCCCUGACAGCCGGGAGCACUACAGAUUUCUCUGAUCAGCGCAUUCGUAGCAAUAGCAAUGAGGGUCCAGAUUUUACCACUCCAAAAGCCAUCAGCGACUUGGCAGUACGGCGGGCACGGCACCGGUUGCUCUCUGGGGAAUCGGGGGAGAAACGUACCUCGAGACCUGUCAACAAAGUGAUUAAAUCAGCAUCAGCUACAGCCCUCUCCCUCCUAAUUCCCUCAGAUCACCACACUUGUUCCCCAUUGGCUAGUCCAAUGUCACCUCAUUCUCUGUCCUCCAACCCAUCUUCAAGGGACUCCUCACCAAGCCGAGACUUUUCUCCUGCUAUCACAAAUCCCAAACCACCAAUCAUUAUCCAUCGGGCUGGAAAGAAAUACGGCUUUACCCUUCGUGCUAUUCGAGUCUACAUGGGGGAUACUGACGUCUAUGCUGUGCAUCACAUGGUCUGGCAUGUGGAAGAAGGAGGUCCUGCUAAUGAAGCAGGUCUGCGGGAAGGUGAUCUGAUAACCCAUGUCAAUGGAGAGUCUGUCCAUGGACUGGUGCAUACUGAAGUGGUGGAACUGAUCCUGAAGAGUGGAAAUAAGGUAUCUAUCUCCACUUCCCCAUUUGAGAACACAUCAAUCAAAAUUGGGCCAGCUCGGAAGCCCAGCUACAAAUCCAAGAUGGCUCGAAGGAACAAGAAAAGCAAAACUAAAGAUGGGCAGGAAAGUAAGAAGAAGAGUUCUUUGUUCAGGAAGAUCACAAAGCAGGCAUCAUUUCUGCACACCAGCCGUAGUUUAUCUUCACUUAACCGCUCGCUGUCUUCUGGAGAAAGUGUUCCCGGUUCUCCAACCCACAACCUGUCCCCUCGGUCACCUACGCAGAGCUACAGAUCUACUCCCGAGUCUGUACAUUCAGUUGGUGGAAAUUCUUCCCAGAGCAGCUCCCCCAGUUCCAGUGUUCCCAACUCUCCAGCCAGCUCUGGACACAUCCGACCCAGUUCUUUACAUGGACUAGCCCCAAAGCUUCAACGACAGUAUAGAUCUCCGAGGCGUAAAUCUGCGGGAAACAUCCCUCUCUCACCACUAGCUCACACUCCCUCACCAACCCCACAGUCCACAUCGCCACAGCGUUCACCUUCUCCUUUGCCAGGGCAUUCAGUAGGCAGCUCCAGUAUUAUUCAGUCCUUUCCUGUAAAAUUACAUUCCUCCCCACCUCUGGUAAGACAGAUCUCCAGACCCAAAAGCGCUGAGCCCCCCAGGUCUCCUUUGCUGAAGAGAGUCCAGUCAGCUGAGAAACUGGCUGCCUCGCUGUCCUCCGAAAAGAAGCUGGCUUCCUCUCGCAAACAUAGCUUGGAUAUCUCCCACUCUGAAUUUAAGAAGGAGAUGCUACAAAGGGAUCCUAGUCUCCAAAGUUUACAGGAGUCUGUGAAUGAAGCAACAGGAGGUAAAGUUGGGCUAGCGGAAAAAGGGACACUGCAAAAGCCAUCUUCCAGGAAGCUAGGUGCUAUUCGACAAGACAGAGUAGAGAGGAGAGAGUCGCUACAAAAGCAGGAGGCCAUUAGGGAAGUAGAUUCCUCUGAAGAUGAAACAGAUGAUGGUUCAGAGGAUAGUCAAGAUGGGAGAAGAUUGGAGAGGCAACCCUCCAGAGGAGAACAGGGCUCCAACUCUUUUAAUGAUGAUAAUAAGUUGUCUUCUAAACUGGAUAGCAAAGACAAUAUAGAGGACGACGCUUUUCUAACCGAUGAUCCAAAAGGUACAGCAGACUUGCAGAAGGUAACUAAGCGGCCACCUACGGCUGUCUCAGAGGCACUGCAAAUUAGCAUACCCCAGUCAGAGUCAGAGAGUCUUACCAGAACGUCUCCAGGAGAAUCUGGCAAAUAUGAAAAGCCACCUCCAGGAUCAGGAACAACAGCAGAAGAGCAUAAAUUGUCAGAAAGCAAACCCUUUGAGCACAUUAGUCAAGAAGAUGCCUCUUAUGCGAGCAUCAAAUGCACUGGGGGGAAAAGUAUAGAUUGCAUAGAAGAUACAAAGUGCCCACCUGUGGGAUUCCUUCAGUUUGAGCAAAGCCACUCUUCAGGGGAGUCACAUGGUAAAGAUGCACCAAAGGAGUCUGUGUUAACAGGAAUCAGUCAAAAAAAGCAAGAUACUAAACCUUCACUAGCACUUUCUUCUUGUUGCACAGCAGGUAUAAAUUCUCCGCUAUCAAUAAGCCAAACGGACUGCAGAGAAACAGAUCACAAACAAGAACUUCAGUCUACAGAACAAAGCAACAGAUUUCAACAUCUGGCAAAUGUAAAUGAAACAUCUCCAAAAAGUCCUACUGCUGAAAAACAGCAAAGCUCGUGCCAUGCAGAGGGCUCUUCACAAGACAAGAAUCAAUUAAAUGCUAGGAAAAUUAGCCCAAGUAAUGCAACAGGUGCUGCACCCUCAACUCCCCAUGUCUCAAGUUCCGGUGAAAAGGCCCUUUCGGUGUCUCAGUUAGAAACUGUAGCUCAAAGUAUGUUGGGCCCAACGAAGCUUGACGUGUUGGAUACUAGAAAGCUGGAAACUGAUAAAGAGUCCCCGCAAAUGGACCUGUCCUGUAAGAGAGAUUCACAACAAAGAAGGCAGGAAACCUCUGGGUUAAAGGUGGGAUUAGAUCAAGAAAGAGCGAAACCUCUUAGCAGAGACAAUCUUACUACAACCUGUGCACCCUACACAGAGUCAACAAGUCCAGCAAAGUCUGGGGAGCCAGCAUGUUCUCUGACAGCAAAACAAAAGCCAGGUUUUGGCGGUUCUAAAGCACUUGAAGCCUUGGGGGAUAACAGGAAAACUUCUCCAUCAAAAGAUCUUCCACACACCCCUGGAAGACAGAUUCUUAGGGCAUCUCCUCUGCCAGAUGGCAGUCUGAAGCUCUGUAAAGAGGAGACACUGGUGCAGGAAAAAAGCAAAGAGGCUGGAGGUCAGUUAAAAAUACAAGACUUUCCGUUGUCACAUGAUAAUGUUGUCAAGAAAACAUAGCAGAGUCCCUGGAAUACGUGCACUCGAGUAUUCUACCUUCAGACAUAGACUGCAUGCUUGAAUUUUGUAAUAUACACUAAUACGAAAUAGAACUGUGUACAUCUAUUUUUGGGAGGGUUGUUUUUUCAUACUGCUUUUUGCAUUUUUUUCCAUCCUUGCAAUUCUAUUUUUGUACACGCUGUGCUUGCCAUUUGAGGUCUCUUUGGAACAGGGUAUCUUUAAAGCAGAGCUAUGAAAUAGUUUGCUGACUUUUUUUUCUUUAUUUUGCCCUGAGUUUGGGGUGUGCUGUGCAUUUCCCUCCAGUUCGGCAUUUAUUUCAGAUCCCAAAGAAUUUUCUGUGCAAAAUAGGCAGCUGACAUUAAAAUCUCUCACUUUUUCAACUUUCUCUUUCAAAUUGCAUUCACUCUUUCCCAAAUUUUUCAGAUAUUUACAAGCCAGUUUUCCCUAUGGCAAGGAGAAAAAAAUUACCUUGUUAAUAGGUUAUCCUGCACAUUCAAGCCCUCUUCCGUGCAACCCAGAUCCUCUUUUUCUCUGUCACUUUACAUAUCCUCCAGUCCCACACAUAUCUUAGAGUUCAUUCCCUCUACGUUGUCAGUCUGGGGUGCAGGGAACAGUCCUAUAUUUUUUUUUUAAACAUUAUUUUUUAAAAACCUGUUUCUCAAAUGAAAGCUCAAAGAAGCAAGUCUCCAAUCUGUAGCAUGUUUUGCUGGGAUGGUUUGUUUUUACUUUGUUUUACAGGACGCAAGGCACCUCUCUCCUCCAUCUUUUAACAUUUUAAUUGAGUUUUCUCCCACCCUUUGCUGCCUGCCUUUCUAGUCUGUCCUGAUCCACAACAAAUAGUGACACCACAUGGAGGGACAUGGUUGUUUUUAAAAUAAUAAUGCUGAUAAUUGUAGCACCCUCAAGUAUGCCCCAAGUAAUGUUAACUUCAUGACAUAUGGGUAUUGGAGACCUCUCCCUCUUUGGAUGGAUCUAAGUAGUUCAUCUAGGGGAGCUUAAGUGUUCCUGCCAGUUCUGAAACAGAGCUUGAGAAACCCAGCAAGGGUUCUGAAUUUGCCUUUCUUCUCAGAGAGUGCUAUGAAGUGUUGUUACCUUUGACUCAUUAAGUUACGUGGAUGAGCUGCAAACAGACUUCAAAACAACACACAUGGUAUUUCAAGAUUUUACCUUUGGUAGCUAGACCAGGUCCACUGCUCAGUUCACCUGGUUCCAUUAAGAAUUACUAUGAUCUCCUGGGUUCUAGCAUUUCUUUGCUUUAAAUGUGACCAGUUCUGAAUAACAUUAUUUUUGGGAUGAUCAGAUCUGUAAUAAAACGCUGACAAAUAUGUAGUAUAACAUAUCUCUGGCAUUGUAAGCCAUUUCCUUACUCGAGCCAAUUAAAGCCUACUGUCAAAGAAUGCUA